UUUCCACAUAUUGUGCUUAUUUGUAAAUUGAUACCGUCGGAAAUCUUGUCUGAAAUCGUGGUAUGCAAAAGAAUUUGGAAUCCUUCCUGAAAAAUGCCUACCGUUUCGGUCAAUCGGGACUUACUUUUCUCCAAAAUUGGGAAAGCUUAUUCCGACGAUGAAUUUGAUAAACUGUGUUUCCAAUUUGGAAUCGAGCUUGACGAAGUGGCGGAGGAUGACGAUGGCGUCGAAUACAAAAUCGACAUCCCUGCUAAUCGUUACGACCUCUUAUGCGUUGAAGGAAUCGCCACCGCACUCGCAGUUUUCACCGGAAAGAUCGAACCGCCCCGUUACACUAAACUGACCCCAAAGGUAAAGAUCACCACGGUCGUUUCCCCCUCGACCCAAUCCAUCCGGCCCUACCUGGUCACCGCCGUCCUUCGGAAUGUCACCAUAACUCCGGCCGCGUACAAGAGCCUGAUCGACCUCCAGGAAAAACUGCACCACAACAUUUGUCGAAAGAGGACCCUUGUCGCCAUCGGAGUGCACGAUUUGGACAAGUUGACCCCUCCCUUUACGUACAGCUGCGAACCGCCCGAGCAGAUCAAGUUUGUCCCUCUCAAUCUGGACAAAGAAUGGACGAACGCGAGAGACUUGAUGGAAUUUUAUGGGUCGGACACCCACCUCAAGCCAUACUUGCAUAUCAUAAAGGAUUUGCCAGCAUAUCCCGUGAUCCGAGACAGUUCAGGAAUAGUGCUUUCGCUCCCCCCAAUAAUUAACGGGGACCACUCAAAAGUCUCGACCUCCACGAGGAACAUCUUCAUCGAAUCGACAGCCACGGAUUUGUCGAAGGCGCACGUCGUUCUCGACACUUUGGUCGCAAUGCUGUCUCAAUACUGCGAGAACAAGGGGGAAGUCGAAAUAACUGAGGUCGUCUAUGAAAAUCGCCCUGUUGACAUCUGUCCAAAAUUAUUCACUAGAAAUAUGGCGUUGGACGUCGACACUGUAAACGAAACGGUAGGGAUUAGUAUUUCUGCGGGAGAGAUGGUCAGUACUUUAAAUCGGAUGGGAUUAUCUUCCCAAGUCAAAAAUAGUGGUCAAAUUUCUGUUCAAAUUCCUCCCACCCGGCAUGACAUUAUCCACACGUGCGAUAUCAUUGAGGACGUCGCUAUUGGCUUUGGGUAUGAAAAUAUUGUCCCCCAGUUGCCACCCACGAGCACGAUUGCGGCACAAAAUUCUCUGAACAAGUUGAGCUUCCAGUUAGCAAACUGCGUCGCUCAGGCCGGAUUUACGGAGGGGUUGACAUUUUCACUGUGCUCGAUGGAAGACGAAUGCGAAAAACUGCUUCAGCCACAAGCAACAAAAGAACCCAGCCUGGUCAUAAUUUCCAACCCGAAAAGCCAGGAUUUCCAGGUGGCAAGGUCAUCUCUGCUGCCCGGGUUGCUGAAAACGGUCCAAGCCAAUAAAGGAGUCCCUCUUCCACUCAAACUGUUCGAAUUUUCCGACGUGGUCCACCUGGAUUCUGAAAGUGAUACUGGGGCGAAAAAUUGUAGACAUUUCUGUGCCAUUUACACCAACAAGACGCCUGGAUUUGAAGUUAUCCACGGACUUUUAGACAGAAUCAUGCAACUGUUGGAGGUCAAAUUUGAGGAUGAGUAUAGUCUCAGAGCGGCGGAAGACCCAACAUAUUUUCAUGGAAGAUGUGCCGAGGUUAUCUAUCGGAACGAAGUGAUUGGAAAGAUGGGCGUUUUGCAUCCCAAAGUUCUCUCAAAUUUUGGAUGUGCUAUGCCCUGUUCGGCGAUUGAGAUAGAAAUUGAACCAUUUUUGUAAAUCUUUAGGAAUAAAGUUUGUAAUUGCAAA